AUGGGGCUCUCCAAGGAUGGCGACAUGACUAAGUUCAAGCGCCGCAGGGCUAGCGAGCUGAAGCACGGGCGCAUCUGCAUGUACGCCACCCUCGGGUACAUCGUGCCAGAGUAUUUCCGGUUCCCUGGGUUCCUGUCGGUGUCCGAGAACCUGAAGUUCGCGGACAUGCCCAGCGGCAUCAACGGCAUGUUCUCCACGCCAGUCGCGGGGGGUCUGCAGAUCUUCCUCUUCAUGGGUUUCCUGGAGGUCGGCCUCCUGAGACAAGACGGCAGCCGCGCCCCGGGCGACUUCGAGAACGUGGGCCGGCUGGGCGUGCCGUACGCCGAGGGCGAGCAGGACCCCGAGGCGAGGAAGCGCGCCUUGAACUCGGAGCUGGCGAACGGUCGCUUGGCGAUGGUGGCCUUCAUGGGCAUGCUGUUCCAGAACGGCACCUUCGGGUCCACCGGCCCUGAGAUGUGGCUGCCGUCGUCCGCCUUCGAGAACGAGCUGGGCGUUCAGGCGCCGGUGGGCUACUGGGACCCGAUGGGGCUCUCCAAGGAUGGCGACAUGACUAAGUUCAAGCGCCGCAGGGCUAGCGAGCUGAAGCACGGGCGCAUCUGCAUGUACGCCACCCUCGGGUACAUCGUGCCAGAGUAUUUCCGGUUCCCUGGGUUCCUGUCGGUGUCCGAGAACCUGAAGUUCGCGGACAUGCCCAGCGGCAUCAACGGCAUGUUCUCCACGCCAGUCGCGGGGGGUCUGCAGAUCUUCCUGUUCAUGGGUUUCCUGGAGGUCGGCCUCCUGAGACAAGACGGCAGCCGCGCCCCGGGCGACUUCGAGAACGUGGGCCGGCUGGGCGUGCCGUACGCCGAGGGCGAGCAGGACCCCGAGGCGAGGAAGCGCGCCUUGAACUCGGAACUGGCGAACGGUCGCUUGGCGAUGGUGGCCUUCAUGGGCAUGCUGUUCCAGAAUGGCACCUUCGGCUCCACCGGCCCCGAGAUGUGGUUGCCCGGCGCGUAA